AUGAGUCAAACACCUACAACACCUCUAUCACCCACUCCUUUGAAUACAUCAUUUUUCAAUGUACUAAUGAAUAACAAUAACAGCAAUAGCAUUUUGCUCCAACAGCAGCAGCAGCAAUUAGAUGGUCUUAUUUCACCCACGAAAGAGGAGAUUUCGACUAUAUUUGUCGUUGGAUUUCCAGAGGACAUGCAAGAGCGUGAAUUCCAGAAUAUGUUUAUGUUUUCCCCUGGUUUCGAAGCAGCCACUCUGAAGGUGCCCUCCAAGGAUGGAGAAGAUGAUUAUAUGAUGAACAACAGCACUGGCAGAAAGCAAAUAAUUGGAUUCGCUAAAUUUCGUACACGAAAAGAGGCCAUGGAUGCUCGGGAUAUCUUGAACGGUCGUAAAGUAGAUGCUGAAAAGGGCUGUAUGCUUAAGGCAGAGAUGGCUAAAAAGAAUCUACACACUAAAAGAGGUCUACUAAACGAACAACAAUUGCAACAACAAACACAGCAGCUUCAACAGUUCCAAAUUUUGCAGCAGCAACAACAGCAACAGCAACAGCAACAGCAACAGCAGCAACAACAAGCACAAGCACAAGCACAAGCACAAUCCCCUUCGACUGCUCGCUUUCCCAACUCAUCUUCUGCAGCUUAUGAAGCCUUUUAUUCAGUUCCUCAUUCAGUUCCCAAUGAAUUCAUGUCUAAUGAUGGCUAUCCCGACUUUUACUCUGAUCUCAUGUCGCCUCCACUUGAUGCAUCUUUCAUUGCAAGAUCACAAUCGGUAGAUGCCAGAUCAGUGGAUCUAUUUGUGAAGCCUUCCCUUUCUACCAGUCGAUUCAACCCGAGUAAUGGCAGAUUUACACCUACCAAUAACUAUGAUGUUGAUUAUCUUUCAAAAUCUACACCUACCGCAGACCGUACAUUUCAAGCAAUGAAUUCCUUCUUUUCCGCAAAUCACAAUACACCCAGCAACACGAUUAAUACAGCAACAAAUACAACAUCCACAAUAAACAGUACUACACCAAUUUCCAAUACUAGCAUUGCAUCUCCACCAUCCAGCUCUACAUCAACAGGUUUGGCCAGAGUCAUGGAGGAAAAUAACAAUUUUUAUCAACAACAACAAUUGCAUCAUCACCAUCAUGAACCUAUCAUCACACGAUUCCAUCCUCUCAACUCACUGUCUACACCACCCAAAUCUUCAUCUCCUCCGCCUCCACCAGGCAUUUUGUCACCUACCACAAGCUAUAGAAGCUUAGGUGGCAUGUUGGUCGGCAGCUCAAAUCCAGCAGAUCAGAAUCCACCUUGCAACACGUUGUAUGUGGGCAACUUGCCCCCCAAUACCAACGAAGAUGAGUUGAGAAGCAUGUUCUCCAAAUGUCCAGGUUACAAGCGAUUGUCCUUCCGCAACAAAUCGAACGGGCCCAUGUGUUUUGUUGAAUUCGAUGAUGCUAUUUAUGCUGCACAGGCACUGCAAGAUCUCCAUGGCAACCCUCUCAGCAAUUCAGUCAAGGGCGGUAUUCGUUUGUCAUUUAGCAAGAACCCAUUGGGCGUGCGUCAAAAUACCCCCGUUGCGACCACCUCGGCUACCAUCACCACCACCAGCACGGCAACCCCCACCACACACAAUAGCUUCCCUCUCAUGAGCGCCUUUCACAAUAGAAAAGACAGCAUUACAACCAGCAAUUUUGAUCCACAACUAUCUUAG